AUGGAACGUCUGUUUGAUCAAUGGGAGGAAGAUGAAGAACCCCUUCCAGAAGAUGAAUUACCAGAAUAUCUCCGUAAAAAACCAUCAAUAGACUUGACCAAAAUGGAUAUGUCCAAUCCUGAAGCUGUUCUUCAAGCAACUAAAAAAGGCCAAACUGUGAUGAUGUUUGUGUCUGUUGCUAAUAAACCAUCACGAGCUAGAUCUGAAGAGCUUACAAAGAUAUGGCAAGCAAGUCUUUGGAGCAAUCAUAUACAAGCUGAAAGAUACCUUAUUGAUGAUGACAGAGCCAUAUUUAUGUUUAAAGAUGGAUCACAAGCUUGGACAGCAAAAGAUUUUCUUUUAGAACAGGAUGAGCUAAAAGAAGUGCAGUUAGAAAGUCAAACAUAUCCUGGAAAGAAACCAAAUAUAAAGAAUAAUGCUGUACGAGAUGAAUUA